CAGCUCCUCUGUCAGCGUGUCUAAUCCUGUGGUCACCCUCGCUGGACCCAAUGGCUCGUCAUCCUCCCCUCCUCUGCCCAUGGCCACACUCGCCCUUCAGGAAGCCAAUCCUCAUGCCAUCCCGCGACGCCACGCCACUGUGGAUGCUAUCGCGCGCCAGGGCUCAUUCAGGGGCUUCCCUGCACUCAGUCAGAAGACCUCUCCCUUCAAACGGCAGAUGUCGCUGCGCAUGAACGAGCUGCCCUCCACCAUGCAGCGCAAGUCAGACUUCCCCAUCAAAAACACUGGGAGCGAGUGGCCAAAUCCUACACCCGCAGCAGGAGCCCUACCCACCGUCAAUGCAAAUCUUUCUACACUUGCCUCCUCUCACAAACGUACGCCAUCGGAAGCCGACCGCUGGCUGGAGGAGGUGACCAAGUCUGUGCGAGCCCACCAACCCGCAGCCGUCACGAGAACCAACACGCCUCCCACUCAGCAGCCCUUCCCCUCCCCAGCCCCCACCCCUAUGACAUCUGGCCCUUCUGCACCCUUCAUGCCAGGAAUCCCUCCAUCUGCGGUCCCUACCGUACCCCCACGCCAGUCGGCUUUCCAUGCUCAGGCGCCGGCGUCCUUCCCAGUGUCCAAUGGAAUCCCAUUUGUGCAACCAACCUUUCCGGUGGUUGGCAUUACACCUUCGCAGAUGGUGGCCAACGUGUUCGGUUCUGCCACGCAAACUCAGCCCAUCCCGGUACCUGUUCAAGUGCCCCAGGCGCAGCUCCAGUCUUCACCCUUCUCCACACCACCAACAGGCCAGUUUGACACCCAGGCGGUGUGCAGCCCCUUCGGCAAACCACUCCUACCUCCGGUGACAAAUGCCACAGUGCUGCAGCCACCGAAAGUCAAUGCCACAUUUAAUGGGGCUAACAGCUGGGCGGCAGUGUCGUCACCUGCGCAGUCUGUGGCAGUGCAGCAACAGGCCGAUGCCUUCGAGGCCCAGUGGGCCGCACUGGAGAGCCGCUCGCAGCAACGCACCGCUCCAUCACCCACAAACCCCUUCUCCACCGAGCUCCAUAAAACGUUUGAGAUCCAACUCUAAGGACACACAGUGCACACAAAGCGACGCUGAAGGACAAUGCAAUGGAUAUUCAUGUUCAUGGAGAGAUGACUAUAGAGGGAACGACCCCGCAAACCACUUCAGCUCCAUAUCUCCGUCUUUCGAUUUUUUUUGUCUGUUCGUCUGUGUCUGGUUUUGGCUUGUGACAUGAACAAAUGGAGACAAGGGGGUUAAUGAAGGUGCCCCCCAGAAACGAAGCGAGUACAACUUCUGGCAUUUAUGGCGCAUUUAUGUCCAAGAUUAAUUAGAGUGACAAGAUGAUGGUAAAAGGAAUCUUUAGAUGCUCUAACGUUGACCCUGUAUUGUUCAGUACUCCCUCUACCCCGACUAACCCUUCUCACAGCGCCCCCUAGCAGGCUGGAUGACUGCUCCCUACCUGAAGGACGAGGCACUUCACAGACCUUCCGGGUUCACGAGGUUCUUGUAGAACUUCGCAAUCAGAAGAGGAAGAAGCGAGAGAAUGCCAAAAUCUUUAUUUUUAUGCAUUAAGUAUAUUUUAAAUAGCUUUGAAAUUUAACUGAAGAGCUGUAAAUAAUCUUUCCAAAGGUGCAGGCUUAUUUUGUGUGCAUUCAGGAACAGAGCAUAUAUAUAUAUAUAUAUAUAUAUAUACAGUAUAUUGGCAUGAAAGGACGGUUUUCAUUUCUCGUCUCUAUUCAGUUUUAGUCUUCUGGCCACCAUGCAUAGUUUGGAUGUUCAUCUUUUGUAAAUAGAUAAUCCAUAUGGACCCAGACUGGGUUCGAGGAUCUUUAAAUCACACAGGUCCCAGACAAUGUUAUCUGUCUUUCAUGCUGUCAUUUUAACCUUAUUUUUGUACUAUAAUACGAGUACUUUGAUUUCUAUUGCCUACAUAUCGUUAUCAUUUUUUAGCAAAUUUUUUUAUGAAUUUUAACACUAUUGACAAUGUCAUCUGUCAAGCCACUUUUAUUUUAUUUCGAUAAGAAGAUUCUCAUUUUAGCACAAGCACUGUACCAAUCGAUAAUUUGGCCACUUACGGUUGAUGUGACAUCAGUCUGUGGCGUUAGUGAGCUAUGAUGUCUUGAAAUUACCUGUGUUUCCAACUCUACAAUGAUUGCAGUGAAUUUUUUCCCCUGCUUUUCAUGCAAUCCCAUCAACCCUUUUGUUUUAUCAGACGUAAAGAUGAUCGGUCCUGUUUUUAGGUUUUGAUUCCAUUUUGUAAGUAUUGCAUUGUAUUAUUCCAAUUCUUUACGGAAAGUUUAAUCUAAAAGAUUGAAUAAAACAUUGGUGGUAGAGGAAAGCGGUUCUGUGUGCUUCUGUUCCACAUACAGGAUUCAUGAUUUUCUGUGUGUUCUUGUAUCUAACGUCUGUGAUUGUUUUGCAACUGAGGAUUCUAAAUAAACUUCAUCGUGAGAUGUUUGGCCCAUGAACUCCAAGCUCUUGCGUGCUCAAGGAUCUCACAGUGAGCUCAAAGGAGGCAAAAGAGAUGCUGCAGCCUUCUGAAACAUCAUCUUGAAAAAUGUUUGAUUUAUGAAUUAUUCUAUUGUAUGAUUUGCACUUGCACAGGGACGGCAGCAUCGUAUGGGACAGGGACUGUUACAAUAUCAAUAUGCCUGCAUAUGAAAUGGGUAAAGAGAGGGACUUAAUGAAUUAAUUAUCUAUAAUUGGUCAGGUAUGAUGAGUUGGAAUAAUAAUUAUUCUGUUUUCUGUUGUGUAUUUUCAGUUGAAUGACUAUUCAAUUUUUUCCAGUGUCAUUAUUCAGAUGUAAAUUAUUGUUCAGCACUGCUGAAGCAGGCAUGCCUGUGUGGUAUACCUGGUACUUUUAGCAGCUUUU